UAAAGAAACAACUGAGAGAGGUUUCGUUGUUUUUUCUCUCUCAAAACAAAACAAACAUCCUCUCUCUCUCUCUCUCUUUCUUGAGUCAUCCACGCACCACAUUCAUCUCAUCGCAGACAUAAAAAAAACAAACCUCAAACCUUCCACUCCUCUCUCAUUCUUUCCUUUUUAUUUUCUCAUUUUUUCCACCAACACCAUCUACCACAACCACCGUCGCACCAAACACAUCUCACCAGAUGUGCGACCGUGACUGGGUCAACUUAGCUCUGGCCGACGACUCCAUCGUCGCCGACACUCUCCUCCGUUUCAACCCUCCUCAACCACCACCGCCACCACCACUUCAUCUCCACUGGACCGUCCGCCAACCCCGCUCCAGGUCCAUUCCAAAACUCCCCGCAAAACCUGACUUCACAAGAGCCAGCCCCACCACCCCGCUUACAUGGAGUGCCGCCACGUCAGCCAGCGAAGAAUCCAGCCUCCCAAUAAAACUCACCAAAUCAUCAAGAUCUAAGGUCUCUAAUCAAAAGGAAACAGUUACUACUAUCAAAAACUCUAAAAGAAAAAAGACUUUAGCUGAACUAAAAGAGGAGGAGAGUUUCUUGUUGAAAGAAAGGAUAAACUUGAAAAAUGAACUGGCUUCUUUGCGUCUCACUGUCGAAAAAGAGAAAGCCACAAAUGAAAGAUUGAAGAGAAUGAAGCUUGAUUUCGAUUCGCAACAUAACACUAAUAUAGCUUCAGCCUCUGAGAUUUGUAAGCAAGAACCUAAAUUUGUUCUCCCAGACCUAAACUUGUAGGUCAAUGAGGAUUUAACCAAGCUCCAAUGCAGUGCAUAAUGACCACCAAAUCUCGGUCGUUGAGUUCGGGUUGCGAUUAUGCGGUAUAGUUUAUGGUAUAACACAUUAAUCUAACUAUUUAGGUUAUUCUAAUGUAAGUGUAGACACUAAAUCAUUCACUUUCCUCACCUAGUCAAAACUGACUCUGGUUUUUAUUCAUCAAGGUGUUGUGUUGUGGCAUUCAAGAACUCCAAACACUUCAUUUGUAGUUCCAUUUUUUAUUUGUUUUUUACAUUGUUCAAUAUUCUUUAUGGCUA